AGUCAAUUGUGAUUCGUUAGAGUUAGUAGUGAGUUGAGGAAGAUUUGAAUUCUGUUCUCUUGCAACGAAAUAUCGAAUAAAAAAUGUUUCUACAAGAAACACUUAGCACAAUAGUCAACUAUUUGUGGUUGCUUCUGACCUACUUUCGAUUAGUUAAACGCAAAAGAAAUGAAAUUGUGCCCGUAUCCGUCAACUAUCACUUUACCAGGAAGUGCAACUACUCGUGCGGAUUUUGUUUUCACACUGCUAAGACUUCAUAUGUGGCCCAACUGAACGAUAUUCGAAUCGCACUGCGUAAACUAAUGCUGAAAGGAAUGAAGAAAAUUAAUUUGUCGGGUGGAGAACCCUUUCUGUAUCCGGUGCUUUUGGGCGAAAUUUGCAAGUUUUGUAAAGUUGAUUUGAAUUUGGAAUCGGUGUCGAUUGUCACAAACGGAUCGAAAGUGAGCGAGAGGUUCUUCAAGAAGUAUGGCGUAUAUGUGGACAUAAUAGCAGUGUCUGUGGACUCGUUCGACGAAGAAACGAAUGUAACAAUCGGAAGGGGUAAAGGAAAUCACCUCAAGCAGUUGCAUUGUGUGUCCAAAUGGUGUCAGUCGUACAACGUUAAAUUUAAGUUAAACACAGUGGUCAACCGGUUCAACCAUUUGGAAGACUUAUCGCAAAACAUUGCUCUACUGAACCCGUUCCGUUGGAAAUGUUUUCAAGUACUGCAAGUGGACACCGAGAAUGUCGGAGAGAUUGCGAAACGAAACUGUGCCGAAUUUCUCAUCACUGAUGAACAGUUUGAAGCAUUCUGUCGACGACAUGAACAUCUACCGUGUUUUGUUCCGGAAUCGAAUUUUUUAAUGAAAAGCUCGUACAUUAUCGUGGACGAGUAUCUGCGCUUUUUGAGCAAGGGCGAUGUGUACAGAGAGUCAGCAUCGAUUCUGGAUGUUGACGAUAUUGGUUCGCUACUUGAGUCAACCGACUAUGAACAUAAUACGUUCAUAGAAAGGGGUGGCAAAUACGAUUGGACGAAAGAGUCUGCUUGUGGUUCGUCUGAUCUUGAAUUUUGACAGAACAUGCUUUGGAAGCAGUUUCAUUUCUUAUAAAUUUGUAACAUUUCAAUUCGAUUUCAAUUCAAAAGGCUCUGUCUUGUCGAAGGUUGUAUAUGUGGAGGUUACGCUGAUCAGCAUUAUUUCCCUGGGCAGUAUCGCAAAAAAAACAAACAUGGCCGCUGUCGGUAACUCAAACUGUUCAAAAUUUCAACUGAAUUGCGCUAUAAUUUUGUAAUUGCAGCACAGUUCAGGUGUUUUUUUUUGCGAUUAGCGUUACCUCAUCAUAUACAACCUUGGUC